CAAAUAUUACAAAGAUUAUUAUUAGAAACUGUAUUAGAACAUUCUGAUAUUUAUUUUACUGGUUCAUUAGAAAAUUUCAAAUCAACUAAUCAAAAUAACGAAAUCAAUGAAAUUGAUGAAGAAUUACUCAGUCCAUAUGAUGCAAUCGAUUCACGUCAUCAUCAUCAUCAUCAUCACCAUCACCAUCACCAUCACCAUCAUCAUCAUCAUCAAAUUACUAAAAUAAAUCCUGAGGUUUACGCUGUAUUGGGAUCAAAUGGUUUUGAUGGAUUUGAACAUCCUUUCGUUGAAUUUGUUGGAGAAAAAUUAAUUGAAAUAAUUGAAAAAUAUUUUGAUAUAAAAUAUGAUUCUAAUUAUAUAGAAAAUAGACAAAAAUUUAAUAAUUUAGCAAAUGAAUUAAUUCAUAAUAUUAUAAAUGUUUUUUAUUUUAGAAUGAAAUCACAAGAUCCUACUGCUCAAUAUAAAUGGUUAGAAUUUGGUGAAGAUUUAGAUUUAGGUAUUAUGUCUAUUAUAAAUUAUAAUACUUAUUAUAAUAAUUUUUCUUUACCUGGUGAUUAUAUUAAUGAUGAGGAUUUCGAUGUGGUUGGAAUUUGUUCUUUUCCUGCAAUAGGAAAAAAGUUGAAAGAUCAAGAUAAAUUUGAGGUUUAUACUAAAGCAAAAGUUUUACCUAAUAAGAUUAGAUUUGGUCAUCAUGAUAUUUAA